GAAGCACCGCGGGUCCCGGCCGGGCAGCGCAGGGAAGGCCGCAACCCCGCAACCCCGCCCCGCAACACAGCCCCGCGUUCCCCCCCGCCUCGGGCCGCCCCAUCCCGCCAUGAGCUGCCGGCAGCCGCUGCCCAGCGAGCGGGGAGCGAGGCAGAGGAAGAGGAGGAGGAAUGGCCCUGAGGAGGAUGGGCACGUGCCCCAGAGCAAACGUAGCACCAGGAACUCUGUGCUGCAGGACUCCUGGGACACUGAGAAAGUGGCGGUGAAAAGCCCCAAGGAAACCAGGCAAAAAGGCAACAAAGUGUCCUGUGCGUCCUCCAGCAGUGAUAGUGGCAGCAGCAGCAGCAGCAGCAGCUGUAGCAGCAGCAGCAUCAACAGCCCUGACCCAGCCUGUGGUGCAGAGAGCAGCCUGAACCCCAGGAUUGCAGGAUCCAGCCCUGUCUCCUCUCAGCCCUUCCACGAGCAGUCUGCACUAAGCCAAGGUCCCUACUUCCACAUCAACCAGAUCCUGAAGGAGGCACAUUUCCACAGCCUACAGAGCAGGGGACGUCUCCCCACAUGAUGCACCAGCAGCUCCCUGCCUUCUGUGAAGGGACAGCACUGUGUAGAUUUGAUAUUUCAACCUAAAAGUUUGUUAAAAAUGGAAUUGCACAAAACGCCUGUUGCCUUUUCAGUCUAUAUUUGGAAUAACAGGUUAACAGGAAAUUGUUUACUUGUGGUUUGCUGCACUAUUGCAAUGCAAAAGGGGCUUUGAAGCAAUUUUUAUAGGAUUCUUUUCGAGGUGGUUAUAAAGUAGGUGGCAAGAGGAGACCUGAGGAACCCACAUCUGUGUUAUAGGAUUGCAAAAUGUCCAAUUCCAAUCGACUGCCUAAUCUGUUUGUUAGCAGUUUGUUGCUUUCUGUAAAGUUCUCUCCAACAUCCAUCUUCAGUUUUAUAAGUCUUUUUUUUUUUUUUUUUUUUUUUUUUUUUUUAAUUUCAAUAAACUAGUAAAAAAAUGA